CUGAUGCAUUGUAUUUUAGGUUGGUUUACAAUCGAACAACCCACAUAACCAGUAACACUCCAGGGGUGGACAUCAGGAUCAGUGACUUUGGGGGGACAUCUACUGUGGAAUGGCUGGACCCCUCCCACUUGUCUCUCACUUCGUACUUUGCACCUAUUGUGGAAGCCAUGGUGACCUGGGGUUACAAGAGAGGCGUAUCAGUUAGGGGAGUCCCUUUUGACUUCAGGAAAGCACCAAAUGAAUUUAAAGAGCUGUAUCAGAAGAUGAAGGCCCUGAUUGAGGAGACUUACAGGAUAAACAACAACACCCGUGUGAUCCUCCUGGGGCACAGCAUGGGGAACCCCACCUCCCUCUACUUCUACAACAUAAUGACCCAGGCAUGGAAAGACAAGUACAUUGAGGCCCACGUCAGUCUGGCCGGGGUGUGGACUGGGGCCGUCAAACCUCUCAGGCUGUUUGCUUCAGGUGAUAGUCUAGGUGUAUACUUUGUUAAGCCUAUCAAGGUUCGCACAGAACAACGGAGCAUGCCCAGUAGUGCCUGGUUGAUGCCUUCUGACAAAGCCUGGGGUCCAGACGAGAUUCUGGUGAUGCAGCCAGAGAGGAACUACACCGUGAAGGACUACAAACAAUUCUUUACUGACAUCAACUUCAUGGAUGGAUGGUACAUGAGGCAGGACACAGUCAAUCUGAUCCGUGACCUUACACCUCCUGGGGUCAAAGUUCACUGUCUCCAUGGGAUCAAUGUUAAAACACCAGGUACAUUGGUGUAUGAUAAAUCAACAUGGUAUGAUUCGCAGCCGAAGAUUAUAAAUGACAACGGAGAUGGUACAGUAAAUGUCCGCAGUCUACGAGCGUGUCUGAACUGGCAGAAACAACAGAAACAGCCAAUCUUCCACAAAGAGUUCCCCGGCAUUGACCACAUGACCAUUCUGAAGUAUUCUGGAACCAUACAAUACCUCAAACAAAUAUUAGUGGGAAGUUGAUGACAGCUCUCUGUUAUUAAUAAAAAAACCAAUUAUGUCAAUUGGAACCUGGUCUCAACAAAGACUUAUUGAAUGAAUUUGUAAACUUAUCCCAGUGAAAUUAUCUGUAUCUUCAAAUUUUGAGAUGAUUUAAAUGAUUGCUCUUUAAUUCUGAUAAUUACUUGGGGGUAGUUAGUAAACUUUGAUUUGUUUACCAGUUUUAGGUUAGUUCUUUUACAUUUGUGCCAAAAUCUUUUAAUUUGAUAUUUUAUGCAUGAUGAUGUUUAGUGCAGGUUCCCUAGUCUUGAUACAUACCUCUUUACAAAUAUUUAGUUCACUCACAAACCUACAUAAUGAAUGCUAAUGAUUACAAGAUUUAUAAUUAGUGAUUUAGGAUGCAAUCAUAUUAUCAAGUAAAUUAUCUUUUCAUUCAAUAUGAGAUUGCCUGGAAUACUGAAUAAUUAUAUGGUGUAGUGCCUUAUAAGAGAGAAAAAACUGUUGAACUUCAGUUACACAUAUUUUAAAGAGAAACAGUAUUUAUUUAAUAUAUUCUAGCAUUGCUAUUAUUCAAUGUGUGCCCUUUUAAAAUUACUGUAAAUCACUAUAUUUUACCAGCACAUGAUUUUUGCAAUAUACCUAAAUGGUGUCUUAAUGCAAAACAAAUAAAUUUUGGUGGGCAAACUGUCUUGUUUAAAUAGACAGAAAUAAUAAAGUUAUCAUGAAUAAAAAGUGAUUUACAUUAUUAGAAAGGAGAAAAAUGCUCACUUUAAAUUAGACUAGAUUACAUAGGUUGUAUGAAAUGACAUUCCAUUCCACAUUCGAUAUGAAACUGGAGAAGUUUGCUUAGAUUGAGUUGACAGGGAAAUGUUCUGUGUUUAUUAGUUUCUGAUUAAAAUUAAUGAUUGAAAGGACAUACCAUAUAUAAACCCUCUGAGAUUAAGCACUGACUGUGCAAAAGACUAGCAAUAAAAAAAAUCAUGUAUUCCAUUCUGUAUGGUAUAUUGACCACAUUGUGCCAUGUUUGACUUUAAAAUGAGGCAUCUGCUUUGAUAUUUGUGGAAUAUUUCCAACCUGCAUUUUUUCCCUUUGCUUUGAGAAAAAAACUAACAUUCCAUCUGAUAUCAACAUUGAAUUCAGAUGAAAAACUUCUAUGCUCUUCCAUUGGUGUCUAUAUAUUAUAUGGUGCAUGAGUGUAAAUAUAACAAUAUAAAUAUUGUGUAUGUUUCUUUAUAUAAGAUUCAUAUCGAUACAUGUGUGUUUGGUAGACCUGUAUAAAUGUGUAAAUGAUGUGUGUUAUUACAGUGUACAAGUAUUUAUAUAGUUCAACAGAUCCGAUCAUCUGCAAAUGUAAACCAUUCAAUCAUAUUACCCGAUGUCCUUUGUGAUGCAGAACUUAUAUGUUUUAAUGGCUGUUUUACUACUGAUAUUCAAGGCAGUUGGUGCAUUAUCAUUUUCUCUACAAUUUGAAGAACUAUUGUUUUGUUAUACAUUCAGUUAUUUACGACUUUUCAGAAUGUGAGUAAGAUUAGACAGGAACCUGUAACACUUUACAAAUUUCACAGUAUUUCUUAACUGAAGUUUUCAGUGGGAAAACUUAUUUACAAUCCCAUUUUACUGCCACAAAUAUAAAACUGUUACAAAAACACUGGGAAAGAAAACAGUUUUUUUAUGUGCCAGUUUUAAAACAACUUCCAGUUUCAUUGUAUUGGUAUCUUUAUGUAUUAGCCAAUUUGUCUUUUCAUUGUGUGUCAAAUUGUUUCAAUAUCCAUUUAUGUACCCUUGUCAGAUGCAUCAUAUUUUUUUUAAAAUUUUUUUAAGGAAAAGAAUAACUUUUUUGUUAUUUGAUACAUUUGAAAAUAGCAAUAUAUUUACCAUCUUUUAAAGCAUAAUAAAAUGAAGUCCACUUGUAUUAGAACCAUUACAAAGUAAAAUACAUCCAAAUAUGGCAUGCUCACAUCCAGUUCUUAGUGUAAGACCCCAAAAGUGUUUGUUUUGAUGAGAACAAGUAUUAAAGUAAUUUUUUAAGAAAUUCAAGCAGUUUAAUGUUUCUAUCAAGUGAAAAUCAGUAAUGAUCAAAGCUUUCUUUCAGGAUUUACAUUGGAAAACAUAAUUGAAAUUUCAAACCCGUGUGAAUGGCAUAUCUUGUGAAAUCCGUGUCUCAAAUCACAAUGUUGGUUUGAUAAUUGAUAGUGGAGACAUACUAUUUUUGUCUUAGUGAUUGCUUUAUUUAUGUAUGAAGAUGUCCAUUAAAGUGUAGAACAGAAGCUGAUAUUGUACUUUAUUUUUAAGGUGAAAUAGUAUAAUUAUA